UGAAUGUUGAUGUUUGGCAAAAGCGCGUGGAUUUGUUUACACCUCUAACCUUUGACCUAACGUUACAUGUAGCUCUUGUCGUCUGCUGUGCCCGCGCGUUGUCCCACAAGACUGGCUUUUUACUUGGUUUGUGGUUUAAAAUGGUUCCAAUUGUGGGGCAGAUUGCAAAGUCUGCCGUCACCACGCCCCGUCUUCUCUACCGGUACCUGUUCAGGUGUUGUGACAGACUGCCGGAAGGUGCAAAAGAUCACUACAAACACCAUGUUAGACAGGGGUUUAACAGCCAUACAGACGAGACUGAUCCUGAGAGAAUUCAGCAGAUCAUUAGGAAAGCUGUAGAGGAUGCAGAUUGGAUCCUUAACAAGUAUAAUGUCGAAACCAGUUCUUGAGGAUCAUGGAUACCAGUACUUGAUUGCUGGUGGACUUUUCAGGGUGUAACUGAGGAAGCUAGUAACUGAUUGGACAAGCCUAGAUGACUUCAGCUGCUGCAAACCUUGUUGGGCCAAACUGAAGUAAUGAUGUGGAUAACAUCCUCCGAGCACCCCAAAACUGAUGCGAGCAUUUGAAAUAAAAAGUACAUGUAUACCAAACAAUAAAUUGCUUAUUUUUGUUCUAAAUGACUUUGGAAGACUUGGUGGUGCAAGCAAGAGGUAAUACAAAGCCUGCUUUCCUUCCUCUGGUAUCUUUUUCUUUCUUUUCAACCUCUUCAAGUACCUAAAGAAGCAGUCUGGUCCCAAAUAGUAGUUAUGUCUAUCCUGUAGUUAUUUUGGUUGUUUCAAGCUCUGCUGCUAGAUGUAUUCAUUCAUUCAUGAAAAAUAAAUGUGUGAUAUAGCUAGAAUUAGACUUAGGUUGUUAUAAUGAUAUGUAGGUGUGUAAUGCAUUUGUCUUCAAGUUACACAUGUAAAUUGAUGGCCAUAGUCAUAUUUCUAGGAAAAAAAUAUCUACAUCUGUACAGUUUUAUAUUGUUUGUUGUGUUCGUGCAUAUGAAUGUAUGCAUGUACUACAGUUCUAUGAAUAUGUAAUAUACAUGUACUAGUAGCUUAACAAAAGCCCAAAUUUGUAAUCUGAUGUAUGUAGUAUCAACUACAUUUUUGUACUAGUACAUGUGUAUACGUUUAUGUAUAUCAAAGUCAAAUAUACAUUGCUACAAAUUACAGUGUACAUUUCUGUACUUGCAUAUUGGUCACAUUUUGUUUACUGUUUCCCCGUCUUAUGGAGAAAUACAUUUGAUG